AAAAAAACAAAAGAAAACCUCCAGAACGACCAGCCAUGCCUCCACGUCUCCGGCGACACCACCCUCACUGGCCGGCGGUGUGAUCAGAAGGAGGAGGAGCAGGAGGAGGAGGAGGAGAUGAUCUCCGCCUCGAGCCUCGACCGCGUGGUCGAGGCGAUGGCCCCACUCUACGCCGCCAUGACCCUGGGCUACGGCGCCGUCCGGUGGUGGCACGCCCUCACCCCCGACCAAUGCACCGGCAUCAACCGCUUCGUCUCCGUCUUCGCCAUCCCCCUCCUCACCUUCCACCUCCUCUCCUCCAACGACCCCUACGCCAUGAACCCCCGCUUCCUUGCCGCCGACUCCUGUCAAAAGCUUCUCCUCCUCACCAUCCUCUUCAUCUGGGCCCGCCUCCGCCCCCGCUCCGCCACCGGCGCCUCCUCCUCCUCCCUCCCCUGGGUCAUCACCAUCUUCUCCCUCGCCACGCUCCCUAACACCGUCGUCAUGGGAAUCCCCCUCCUCCGCGGCAUGUAUGGACCUCAGACUGAUGCUUUAAUGGUUCAGAUCGUCGUCCUCCAAGCCGCCGUAUGGUAUAAUCUUGUCAUCUUCUUGUACGAGUACAUGGCUGCCCGCUGCGCUGCGACGGAAGGAUGCCAACCGGAUGGUUCGGUUCCGACGUUGCGGCCGAUGUCGGAGAAAGAGGCUGCUGUUGCUGCCUUCAAUGGGCACCUGGUGGAAGAGGGAGAGGGGGAGGCGAUCAAGCUACCACCAUCGCCGCCGUCGAUGUGGGUUAUUCUUACAGUGGCUGGGAGGAAGCUUUGCAGGAUCCCAAACACUCAUGCCAGCUUUUUUGGCCUCAUCUGGUCUUUUAUCGCUUUCGGGUUUGGAAUCAAAAUGCCUAAAAUUAUUGAUGACUCGGUAACCAUAAUAUCUGGCACAGCCAUUGGACUUAGCAUGUUCAACAUCGGUACAUUUAUGGCUAAACAGACAAGACUUAUAUCAUGUGGCUAUUCUGUUGCAGCCUUUGCCAUGGUUAUCAAAUUCUUUGUUGGCCCUUCCAUCAUGAUUGUAACUUCACUUGCUUUUGGACUACAAGAUCUGCUUCUACGAGUAGCUAUUAUCCAGAUGUAA